AUGACUGGCAGAGAAGACGAGGCCAACGAGGCUUCCUCCAGCGAUGAAAGCACCGACAGCCUGGCAAAUGCGCGAGACAGUCGAGCCACAUCCAUACAGGCUAUUCCAGCCGACAGAAGAAGAGCUCGACAACAGUCUGCCCAAGUCAAGGUGAAAGCACAAGCACGCCUCAAGAAAGGCUACAGAGACCUGCUCAAUACGACGAUUCGAGAACUCAACCCUCUCGCAUCAUCAGUAUCCGCUUUCGCCACUUCUCAACUUGGCCAUGUCAUCUGGAGCUCUAUCGAGAAAGAAGCUCUCUUCCACCAGCUAAGUCUCAAAGGAGCGGCUGAUCUCCCUGCGCUGCAGAAGGCGGUCGGUAGCAAGAGUGAGCUGCAAAUUCGCUCCUAUUUGCUCCUACUGCAGGAAGGACGCAAAGGAAGUAGCUUGACAACUUCAAGUAGGGCUGAGAAGCAACAUGUGGAUCCGCCAUCAGCGUUUGAGAUCUCCGAGGACGACACAGAAAUGAAUUGGCAUCAUCUGGAAAAUAUCUCCGCCGAUGUCGAUCAGCCGGCGGUCUACAAAAGCGCCAUUGCAGAUCUGCAGAAUCUCACCAUCAAUAUCACACGUCGACUUGUCCAGGCGACGUUGUUCCAAGCAAUGUCCCGACUCCGAGCAGAAGAUUCCAGCCGAAAGGACUGGACACCGUCCGCUGCGGUCCGCCAGAUGGAUGUCCGAGCGGCGAUGCAGAUCCUUAACUUGCCAUCGACGAGUCGAAGAAGUACCAAGACGGCAGGCCUUCGACGAAGAAUGGUCGACUUUUGA